ACAAGAUAGGUAAGCCGACCACCGUAUUCUCUUCUUCUACAAGUCGAAAUUGCAAAUUGAGCCCGUUGAAGUCUUCAGCCCGUGCACGCAUUAUCCAAGCCCAGAUCGUUCGACACAGUUGCUGUACAUGCAAUCGGGUGAGCGAGCAGGAAAUGAGAGCAGUUUCGGUUUGGAGUUCCAUUUGCGGAAGCAAGGGGCUAGGGUUUACAAGAGUCUCAUUUCCUGGUGCAGAUAAAAAAUAAAGCUAGCGGGAUUAGCAUCCAGGAAUCCUGAAAAUCGACAGUGAGCAUACAGGGAGCCGCGCAAAGAGCGAGCUGAGGGAAAAAAAUCAGAGGGAGACAGGAAAUCGAGAAAAAUCUGGAGGCUGAAAAUAGCGAGAGCAGGAGAAAUCAAGGGGUUUCAGAGAGAGUCUGAAAUCAGAGAAUCAAGGGAGUGUUUUCAAAGAGAAGAAGGAACAGAAAAGAAUCAAAACAGGAAGGGAGGGGGAAGCAGACGAUUUCGCAAAGCUACUCAAAGCGAAGAGGGGCUCCGAUUUAAUACGUAGGUAUUCUAUCUGGGGAUUUCUGCAUUAUGGAUGAAUUUUCAAUUCAGAUUAGUUCUAACCUUAUCAAUCGACUGACUGAUAAUGGUGAAAAGAUGAAGAAGAAAACAAAGAAAACUAGACCUAGGAUACUGCAGGAACCUCAACGUCCCCAAACUAAGGGAGAUCAGAAGCAAAUAACUGAUGAGUCUGGAAGACACAAGGGGAAUGGUAAUUCAGGCUGGCCAAUUCAGCCUCCCUUAUUCCUGCCACCAACCCCACCCGUGCAACCUGCAUAUACUGAGCUGGAUGCAGUUCAGACUGUCCUUAAAGAAAGUGAGAGGAUUUUGGAAAAGCUGCAGAAGCAGGAAGAAAACAUGGUGCAGGAAGUAACCGAAAGGGCCAAGGAUCUCCGGGAUAAGGAGUUCAAUCUUCCGUCGCCUAAGCCAAUGCCUUGUCUUGCUGAGAAUAAUGCUUGGAUUGCUUGCUAUAAGGAGAACCCUAAUGACCCUCUGAAAUGUGCCCAUCUGACAAAAAAUUUUGCUGAUUGUGCUCGCCGAGUUAGGCAACUAGUAAAUUCAGCUGACAAGUAGACUUUGCUACUGGAAAAUUGGAUUGCAUACAAAUCAAACUUUUAGAGUUAGCAUUUCAUGUGUUGACGACAAAAUAUGUUGUCUGAAAAAUUUACUCGAACCAAACCCUAGGCAUCCCCUUUCCCUGCAAUUACCAGAAUAAAGAGAUGCUGCUGUUGAGUGAUAUUAUUUGCAGACUGGUGAUAUGGUUCUGUGUACCUGUAAUCAACUUUUUGAAAGAUCAUCCAUUCCUAGUA